AUGUGGUUUCGAUGCUAUCACAGUGAUAUGUACCCCAUUAAAACAAUUCUGCAUUUGGAUAAUGAUAAUGAAGUGUUGGAUACCAUAGACAACAUUCAAGAACCAAAUGCUCAUAGCACUAUAUUGGAGUCAGCUCAUCCUAGCACAAAUGUAUCAUUGUCUGCAUCUCGUAAGACAUGCCCAUCUGGUGAAUGUUCUAAUAAUAUUGGAGAUAUUAGUCAUUUACCACGCACCCCUCCUGUACCAGGGACUUAUACAAUCCCAUCUAUAAUGAAUAAGUCUGUUGGAACCAAUGAUGAAACUGAAAAUUUAUUUGGGAUGAUAAAACUUACUGCCAGUGAUGUUUGCUAUACUAAUGGAACUAUAGAGUGGGUUGGAAGGAAGAGAAGUUUUCCAAUUAAUAGUGGAUUCAAAAUUCUUAAAGAUAACAAAAUUUUCCAUGGCGAACCUGUCUUGAAAAAAGUAAGAAAAAUUAAUAGCACCUUUACAAUUGCAAAUGAAAAGUUUAAAGAAUGUGACUGUGCUGAUGUGUUACCAACUGUAAAUGCUAUUGUUGACCAUCUUAAUGCACUUCAUGAAGCAGUUGAUAUAGUAGAUCUGAGAUUAAAUACUCUUGAAGAUGUUAUUGGCAGGAAUGAAUAAUCUUAUAAUUAUUAAAGAAAUUUAUUGUUGUAAAUAUUUAAAAGAC